GCGCUACGGUUAGCGGUCCCACUCUACGCAACUGUCAGCGUCGCUGUGCUCCCCGCGGCUGCAGGCUCUGUGGGUCGCAGUCCGCGUGACCCAGUGUCCGUUUGCGUUGUCACUCCCUUCGCCGGCGCAGUCACCGCGCGGGGCGGCGGCCCGUGAGGUAGCUACCACGGCUUGCGGCAACGAAUAAAGCUCCGGGACAGCGGCGCCCUGGGCGACAGCUGGGCGGGCGGCCCCGGCCGGGAGCGGCCGCCCGUGCGCUACCGUGAGGAGUGAGCGGCCGAGGCGACCUCCGGCCCGGCCUCGCACCAGCAGCCCGGCAGGCGCGACAUGAGCCUGGUCUGGCAUCUGCGGGAUGCUCCUUGAGCCCCUUCUUCGGCUGUUACCUCUGGGGGAUGGUUGUGGCCACACCGACUCGUAUUUUCCAAAUAAAUCAUUGUUUAUUCUUGCGGUGGCGGGGCCGAACACGCUUAUUUAUUUUUAACUUUCUCAACAAGUUUUACCCAGCACUUACCCAGUGAAACAACUCGGUAAUCGUUUCAAGGGAGCAUCCGCUCGGUUAGGAAAUCUCAGACUGAGCAGCUUGUGGAAGCCAGCAUUUGCAACGUCCUCCUCGCAUGCUUUGAAGAUCCUUGCGUCUUCCUGUAACUACCACUGUGUGUAGGAUCCCGCUCAAGGAACGUCUUGGUCCAGCGAUUCAAAGAACUGACGUUUCAAGGUUUUAUUUCUAUUGCUAGAUCUGGAUUUCCCCAAUGACUCGGAACUGUUCAGUAGCCAGCUAAAGUGGAUCCCCUAGUGCACGCCCUUCUCUCUCCUCUUCCAGCCUGUCCAAGUGCUUUUGUUGAGGAAAAAGCCAUCAAGUGUCAUUACCAAUGCAAGUGCAACUCAUGGGUUAGAAGAGGAGAUGGAGCCUUAGUUUGCAGAAUAGCUAGUUGCCAGAGUAGUUACGUUCAUGCAGAAUAGUUGACAGGCCCUAAAGAUGUUCAUGCUCUCCAGCUGUGGCCUGAGGACAUGGGUACUGGAGUGUGUGUCCCUGGACUGACUUAAUUCACUCAAUUCUCCUAAGAAAUGCUAUCCUUCUCCUCUCCCCUGACUUGACACAGUCCUUCUUUCAGAGGAGUGCUUUUUAUUUCUUUUGUCCCCCUUCCCAUUCAGGGAUUUCCCCCUUAACCAAUGAAAACUGAAUUUAUAGCCAGCUGACAUUGGUCGGGGGAGGAGUGGCAGGGUGUCUUUUCCACUUCUGGGCCUUUUAACCUUGGUUCACAUCUAGAGGAAGGCUGAGAACAGGCCAGACCUCAGUGAUCAUCUGAGCCUGGUGAAAAGAAACAAUAGGAGCCAAGGGGUGAUUUGUCAGGGUUAUAUCUUGGCUCUCACUAGAGGGAGUUCUCGCUUUAGGCAGCCAGAAUCUCACAGGCUCCUUUUCCUAGGAAAGAGCUACCUAAUCUAGCUUUUCCUGGGUGGAAUUAAGGAACUUAAACUUGGGGGCAGAAGGAGGCAUUUUUCCUGAGUGCUACCUCAUACAUUUAGUAGGCACAAAGAGAACAAAGAACAAGUUAGCCAGUUCAAGCAAUAGUUCCAAGUUCUCAUACCGCUGUGGUGUAUCAGUAACUGUGAUCUUGAGCAAAUGCCUGUGUGUGACCUCUCUGUGCCUCAGUCUCAUCUUGAAAAUAGGGAUAAAAUGGUACCUAUUGCCAGGGGGGUUUUCGAGUUGAAUGUAAAAUGCCCAGAACAGUUCUGGGCAUGAUUUAAUAAUUAUUGGCUAUUACUGGCGUUGAUACUGGGCGUGUCGCUUUUAUUCUGUCACAUGGAUGGGGAGGUGAAGCGCACUGUUGCUUUGAUCCUGUGGAACUUGAUAACCAAAUGUAGAAUUAAUUGCUGACUUGUUUAUACUUAUAGCUGGAAGAGCCGGUAUUGUUCUCAUUAUAGUAUAGAAGAAUUCAAGAUAGGCAGCAGCAAAUGAAGACUAUAAAAGGAAAGAAGAAGCAACAUCAAAGAUUGAGGUAGAGUAGGCAACUUAAGAGAGUUUGGGAGAAAUUGUCCAAUGGCCUGUAGUAUAUGCUUCAUUUUUUGUCCCCUUUGCUUGGUCUUGGAGGCUAAGGUUGGUUAGUGUUGAAGCAUACACCAGUGGUCCCUGGGAAGCUGCCCAGUAACCUAUCCUCCCAGGGAUGUCCCUACUGGCAAAGUCCUGGCUGUGGAGCCUUUCUGCCUAGAGUCAUAUCCUGGCUCUAACACUUGCUAACUAGGUGACCUGGGACAGGUUAUUUCAUUUCUUUAGGCCUCAGUUUCCUCAUCUGGAAAAUGCAUAAUAAUAGCACCCACUUUUUAGAACAUUCUGUAGAUUCACUGAGCUAAUACAUAUAAAGAGCCAAGAAUAUUGCCUAGCAAUAGGAAAUUCUUAAUCAAUUUUAGUAUCAUUUUAUUAUGCCUUGUGAACAUGGUACUACCUGAGAUUCAGGGUAGGUGACAGGAGAAACAGUAAAAGAAUAAAAGGGGGUUUGUUCUUGCAUUCAUUCAGUCAACACAGGCAAUAGAGGCACUAGAACAGAAAGAUGGCUAUGAUCUCACUUAAUUCACAUAAUUCCAUGGGCAUGUUUUGUGCUUUCAAAAAAUAUGAAAGGGAAGAAGAAAACUGAUGUCUUAGUCUUUAGCUAUUUUGGUCCUUCAUCAGACCCAUGGAUAGCAUUUUGAGGGAAAUGUUACAAGAGAUGCCAACAGGAUCCUCAAAGACUACCUUGUACUUUUUCCAUCUCUUGUAUAGAAAAUCUGCCAAGACAAGGAGAGUAACCCAGAGGAAGCCUUCUUCAGGGCCUGUUUGCCGGCUAUGCCUUCAAGAACCUGGGGAUCCCGAAAAAUUAGGGGAAUUUCUUCAGAAAGACAAUCUCAGUGUGCAUUAUUUCUGUCUUAUCCUAUCUAGCAAGCUGCCUCAGAGGGGCCAGUCCAAUAGAGGUUUCUAUGGAUUCCUGCCUGAGGACAUCAAAAAGGAGGCAUCCCGGGCCUCUAAGAAGGGCCCUGAGCACUGCCUGGGAUCUCAUUUGCAGAUCUGCUUUGUGUGCAAGAAAAAGGGAGCUGCCAUCAACUGCCAGAAGGAUCAGUGCCUCAGGAACUUCCAUUUUCCUUGUGGCCAGGAAAGGGGUUGCCUUUCACAAUUUUUUGGAGAGUACAAAUCAUUUUGUGGGAAACAUCGCCCAACACAGGACAUCCGAUGGGAGAAUGUGGGGGAGGAAAGCUGUGUCUUGUGCUGCGAAGACUUAGCCCAAGCAAGUGUUGAAAACAUCCAGAGUCCGUGCUGUAGCCAAACUAUCUACCACCGCAAGUGCAUACAGAAAUAUGCCCACACAUCAGCAAAGCAUUUCUUCAAAUGUCCACAUUGCAACAAUCGAGAAGAAUUUCCUCAAGAAAUGCUAAGAAUGGGAAUUCAUAUUCCAGACAGAGACGCUGCCUGGGAACUUGAGCCAGGGGCUUUCUCGGAGUUGUAUGAGCGCUAUCAGCAUUGUGAUGCCCCCAUCUGUGUGUAUGAACAAGGCAGAGACAGCUUUGAGGAUGAAGGGAAGUGGAGCCUCAUUCUGUGUGCUACCUGUGGAUCCCACGGAACCCAUAGGGACUGCUCCUCUCUCAUAUCCAGCUGUAAGAAAUGGGAGUGCGAGGAGUGUGCGCCUGCUGCUGAAGCCACAGACUACACACCUGAAAACUCAGGUGACAUCCCCUGUUGCAACAGCACUUUCCACUCCAGGGGGCAUUUUUGCAGAGACACCAGCCUGGAAGAGAAUCCGGGCCCUUCUUCGACUGACUGACCAGGCUCUUCCUCAUUAGAAAAACCAGAGUCCUCUGGUUGCAGGACGAGGGGCCACUCCUGGCGAUCCAAGGGUGUCAAGAUCACUAAGAGCUGCAAAAAGUCCAAGUAACAGUUUCUGAUUAGUCGCUGCCAAGCACAUUUGAGUACAAAGCUGUGUUCCUCCGUCAGGUUUGAGGGAGGGAACACUUUGGCACUGUGAGCCAAGGAAAGGGGGCUAGCAGUGAGACUCUGAACCAAAGAAAGAGAAGUCCCAGGGGAACUUGAGUUCAGAGCAGAGUCCUGAUGCCAACCACAGGAUGCAUUUGUGGCUUUGAGAGCACCUCUGCUCUUUCUGCCUGAUUCCCAGAGGGCCUUUUCUACUCUUCUUUUUCCAGCAAGAUUAUUCCACCUUGAUCUUGUUCUCAUAUACCUCUUCUGACUUCACCCACGUUUGUUAUUAUACAAAUAAACGUUUUCUCUCCAUUGGUGUCUCCUUAAGCAUUCACUCUGGAAUUUAUCUAGCAUACUAAGGAAUCUGGAGGUUAGAGUGAAGGAAUAGGAAAAUGCACCUUUCUACUCUAUAAAAUUCAGUGAAUUAAGUGUAGAACUUUCAAUUAGACAUGUUGCUUUGGAGGGAAGUAUUUUGCAGAUAAAUCGACUUUGCGGGGACAGAAAUUUCAUCGUUGUGCAAAUAAACACACAGGAUCUCAUCAGGAAAGUGAGCCAGCAAAGGAGAACACACUGGACUGAGAAUAGGCCACUAUUGCAAGGCUUGGCGCCCUGGACUCAAAGGCCAGGGACUGCCGUGCUCACGUGAGACAGAAGGGGCUCCACUCACUCCAGGCAGCCUGGUCUUUAGCAUACCUUCCUAACCCUAACACACCUCCACUCAAACCCUCCUGUCUGGUGGCUCGGGCAUUUCUAGCUCAGGUAAGGGGGCCAUGCCAGGACAUUAAGCAAGACAGCUAGGACAGAAACCUGGCAGAAGGUCUUGGGAUAAAUUGAAUAGAACAUUUGUUUGUUUUUAAUGAUUUUGUGGGAUUUGGAUUAGUGGGGGAAACUCAGGACCAUUGCCAGGUGCCGAGUUCGCAGGGUCUCACUGCGAACUUGGUUUAAAUGUUGCUGACCCCCGGAGACUUACAUCUGAAUGUGCACAGUGAUUUGGAUUUGACCAGAUUUAUUUGGAAUCACAAGGAGGCGGUGGGGGUCAAAAUAAUACUUUAAAAAGAAAUCAAGAAAUACUAAAGGGAUUAUAAUGAAAAAUACUCUCUUGAUUCAUCCUUCACUACCCCCAGUCCUAUUCCCUAAAGGCAACUACUCUGCACAUUUUUUAGCCAUUUCUUGAUAUAUUAAUCUUAGACAUUUUUGACGUACUAUCAUAUUACAUAAAGAUCUAGCACCUUUAAAACCUUCCCAUGUUCAUUCCUUCCAUCUUUUAUAAUUGCAUCACAAUUUUUGUUAAAUUAACCUUCAGUGCUGAGUCAAGUGGUACACUAUGACUAUUUUUCCUCACCUGUACAUUUUUUUUAAAAUUUACUUAUUUUUGCUGCAUUGGGUCUUCAUUGCCGCACGUGGGCUUUCUCUAGUUGUGGCGAGU